AUGGCGACGCGUACGCAGGACUCGUCUCCACAAGCGACGCCCGCCGCUCGGAAUUCCUACCACCUGUCCAACACCAGCAGCUCCCGGACGCGCAAAGGCGACGCAGGGACUAGCGCCGCAGCCGAGAAGCUCCUGACCGCGGCCACUGCGAGACUGCAGUGCGUGCUCUGCGGCCUCGAAGCCAAUCCCACCAUCCGACUCGUGCGCUGUAAGAGUUGUGUGAACCACUUCCACGCCCAUUGCGCCAGUCUUCCACUGCCGCCGGAGGAGUGCAAUCUCUUUUGUCGUCACGCGUGCUACGCGUCGUACAAUCAAGAGCAGAAGCAGCAGAAGCAGCGGAAGCAGCACGCGAUCUUUCGUCAUGGGGAUUUCCCUCGACUCGCGACGCAGAUCCAGAGUGUGCUCCAGGAAAAGUCCGACCGGUUGCAAGCACAUCGCCAGCUGCUGCUUGUGGGGGCUGGACGGGGGAGAGGAAGGGGACGCGGACGAGGGAGGGGACGUGGACGAGGACGGGGACGAGGGAGGGGACGCAGUCUAGGUACAAAAAGAGUGCUGGAAGAGGAUGGCAAUGAGGAAGAGAGUGGUGGUGGGGGCCAGCUGAAGUCGUUGUCGAUGGCUGGAGAAGGUGGAGACAGCACGCCCGUCGCUACUUCUGCGGAUGGAAGCGGCGUGAUGUACCCGUUGCAGACUACAGCGACGACGUGCAGGAACAAUUGCAAUAGUAAUACACCGGUCCAAGAAGAAGAUGAGCGUGAUGGCAGGAAGUUGCGGUCAUCUUCAAGAGCGUUGUCUCCUGCUUCCCAUCAAUCAGUGCAGGAGAUUGACGCGCAGCAGGAAAGUCACUUUUGCAACGCGCCACCGACGUUGGCGAGGUCCUCUUCGAUACAGUUUUCCCGUUUGACUGGUGGUACGUACACUUCGAUGGCCGCGUCAAGCCAAGCAGGGGCUGAGGCGACUGGAGCGUCACGCCUCGGACAAAACUUAGUUAUAGACCCGCGUCAAGUACCGCGAGAAGAUCCGGGCGCGCAUCAAGCUGCUUCCCGAUAUACUUCAGAGCUUCCUUUCUUUCACGGACGUCCAUCGGAAAGAAGGUCGCCGGUUGUAGCGGAUGUACAUCAACGGCUUUCUCCCGGCUUGCAGCCGCCACAGCAGCAGAUACAAGACGGACGGGUCCCGCUUCGACGUGGCUUUGAGUCACCUUAUAACGGGGCAGCAGUUGGGCCGGCACCACCUUCAACGUUGUAUGCCGACUCCCGACCUGCUGAUCCAGCGCUAGGUACUCGAAAUGGCACACCGACGAAUAUGAACAACUAUGGUGCUCAAGGGCGGUUCACGCCACAGGUCUCAUCACAAGUCUCUGUGCGCCGCAACACGCUUAACGUCCCAUGGCAUAACCCGUCCGCGUUUCCGUCGGAAAUCUACGAGCGCUUCAGUUGCCACUCCGACGAUGCCAACCAUGUUUUCCGGAUCGAUCUGUCGCCCGUCUUCGCGGACAAAGCUACAAAGCUUUAUCAAACUGAGAUCGACUUUUUCUUCCGGUGCUUCGAGUCACCGGACGUAAGCCUGGUUGUGAAAGGCAUGAGUAGCGAGCUCAAUCAGUAUAUAUGGGCAUGGCCCUUCAUUCUCGAGUGCUGCGGUCACAGCACACACCUUGCCUUCGACCACUUCCAGUUCAAGCGAAACACAGAGACCGACAUGCCGGAACUGGCUUACGUCGGGGAGCUGCAGUUGUCGGUGGCAUCUUUCAACACGUAUCUGGAAAAGUAUUUAUCGAAUGUCCCUGGGAAGGACGUGGUCGUGCUGGAGGAUCUCGUCACGAAAAAGACGCUCACCCUCGUGGCUACCGAUAACAUUAUUGCACUCAAUAACUUGGUGCUUGCGAAGCACUGUGCACAGCUCUACAGUGACCUCAUCAAGGGUUUCCAAUGGGACGUAUUCGCCGGUGGCAUCCACUGCUUGUUGCAAUACCUCCCACAAAAUAGUUGGCACGAGAGGUUCUUCAGCCCGAAACUGCAUUUCAACUUCCCGGGUGCGCGAGGCUCACUGAACGAUCCAGGCAAUGGUACCACUGAUACCGCGUACCAGGUAUUGGUGGGGUCGCUGGAGCUCGUCAUCUUUGAGCGCUUCGAACCACAGCACAAGGCAGAUUUCGACUACAUUUUGCGACGGUCAGGAUACGACGCAGUGAGGAAAACGAUGCUAUUAGAUGCGCAUCUUCGCGCUCUUCGCUCUGCAGGCUUUGCGUUUUCAACAGUUCUUCUACAAGACGGAGAGUUUGUUCAUGUAAACAAGGGCCGUCAACACUUCUGGCGUGUUGUGGAAAAAGACAGCGUCAGUGGAUCCAUUAAUGCGCCGUGUGUAUUCCUCUCAUGGGAGUGGGUCUACCAGGGAGUUUCUCAACGUGGUAUCUCCACCGAAUGCUGGUUUGCAAUGAAGAAUGCCAGCAUGUGUUCGGACGGAUGGGUGUUUGACCCUCGCCGUGUGAUUGUCGAAGCUGCUAAGUGUGGCGUCGCUAUCGUGCGCACUGGUCAGUUCUUGCGCUCAGCGUUAAUCUCCGUGCGUCCUCACGCGUCGCACUUGCUGUCGUUCACAUCCAAUCCGGCGCCCAUUGAUCGCGGUGUCGUCGCCCAGCGGCAAGCCCAGAUGGUGCUCUUCUUGGAGUCGAUUCUCCCCUGCCUUGACGCUAUUGUCGAAGAAGCAUAUGAGCUGGGGUUAUCAAACACCGACGACAGUGACGAGUUCCGCAAGGUCUUUGACGACGAGAGCAUGUGGCGGACAGUCGACUCGGAGUUGCGCGAUCCACCAGUGGAUAGCGCCGAGAACUACUCGUGCGGCAUUUGCAAGCGGGAAAUCACGAAUUUGUACAAACAGUGUCUGGGCUGCGCGGUGUACUCACGUCGGUGCCGCCCCAACAUGACGUACCCGAUCUUCCGCAUCUGUCUGCGCUGUCACGCGCAGCCGGAGCAGCACCACUUCAAGCCGCGCGCGAUCGCUUCGUAUUACGACAAGGUGCUGAGCUCCGAGGGCCACACGGGCGUGCUACCGGCCACGCGCCGCUACCAGUCGGUGCGCAGCUACUUCAAGUGUCGGUGUAUGCCGUCGCUCCGCUGCGCGUACUGCGGCGGGUGCGAGUCGUGCUGCUGUUUGUGCCACACGCUGUUCCAGACGCGGUUCCGGUUCACGGCUCCUGCGAGCCUGGAGAGACUGCGGGCAGACGUGGACGCGGUUGUCAAGUACCAUCAGCACCAACUCCAGCAGCAGCUGCCGCCGCCGCAGCAACGUUAG